GCCAUGCGCUCAAGCGCUUUAUUGGAAUUCGACUUCGACGCCGCGACAGUGGUGCGGUGUGCGACCUUGCCAGGUCUUUAUCUUCACAUGAGAUCAAGCUCUCUGUCCAGAAGCUGAGCGCGAAACGAAUCGGGACUGAUGUGCUGGUGUUUCAACUUCGGUUUCUCAAGUAAACCGAAGAACAAGUCGUCAUCGAACGAGAAGAGGAAGCGAGAUGCGCCGGCGGAUGGCGCGCUUCACGGCAAGAGUAGACCUGUUGUCGCAGAGGUUCAAGAGAAGCGCAGCCCGAAAGAAUCUUCGAGGAGGAGGCGAUCAACAGAUGCUGAGGUUCCGCGCUUGUCGCGGCGCACCAGGAAUGAGGUCGAUGCUCGAUCGCAAUAUCAACAUGCGGACCCAUACCAAGGCUAUGAGCAACAUAGGCCAGCCUUGAAUGUUCAGAUCCCUGCCGUGUGGCACCGUUCAGUAUACCCUGGAAGCACGCAUUCCUCUCAAGAAACCUUGCUCAAUCCUCGGCCGCUUCGCAGCACCCGCCAGCGUCAGCGACACCCAAAAUACACGUCGCAGGGUACUCUUCGAGGUCGCGGAGCUAAGCGUGAUCCUCCAAAGAACUCCAAGUCCAGGACAACUCUUCGUGCUGAACCUUCGCGAGGUUGGUCGUUCUUUGCGCCUUCCCCACCUAAGACGCCAUCAAGGCGGACUUACCAGACAUUGAACGCUUCGCCCCGUAGCCAACGAUCCAGUCGCCAGCAUAGAUCGGUACAACAAUAUGAUACUGUCCGAAACUUCUCGCCCUCACGCUCGCGCCAUCAUCGUUCACGUCAGUACGAACAGCAAGCUCCUACCGUUCGCAGCGCGCGCUCACGAACACCAAACACGGCUGCCAGGCGGGUACCCGAUCGCCGGUUUGCUGUGCUCGCUGCUACAAACCAGGCGCUCGAAACUGUCCGUCGCGAUGCCUUUGCGCAGUCAUCGCCGCCUCCGAGGAGGGAGGGACUUCGAAGGUAUGGGGAUUUGUCGAACCCCACGCCGCAAGUACUUUUUGACUGGGACUGUAUCAGUAGCUCUCAGGCUUCUGGUGGCCGAGGGGAUUCAAGCACGCGACAAAGGCGGUCGCAAAGAUAAUCUGGACGCUGGAAGUCAUGGACCGCGUGCAGAACUGCUACCCUUUACGGACGACAUGCUGUAACAGCAGUGUUUGUUGAUGAUAUCCCCAUACUUCCGUUCAUGAAUACUCUGUAUCGUACCCUUCAUUUACAAAAUACCCAUACAUCUUUUCUAAAUCGUUCAGGUCCCUGUCACUAUCUUGGUGUUCGUCGAUGUUUCAUAUUUCUGGUGUAUCUACGAAGCUGUAGGUCGCGGACCAGGUCGAGGUAGGAAUAUCUCCUUUGU